CAGUGUUGAGCACCGGGGAGAGGUUUCAGUCGGGUAAACUUUACUCCAUCACGCAUUGUAGACGCGGGAUGUUUAUAUCGAUAGUUAUAUUGAUCCGUUAAUUACAUAUGUGUCUGUUUGUCUUUUCUCAGUUGUCAUGGAGCGAUGCUUUAGUGUCAGCAGGGAUGAUUCCGCUUCUUGCUCCCCACCUCCUGCGCCAUCCCCCCCUCCCGUUCCUCCCCUCUCUCCCCCGUCAUCCCUGACCGCCGCUCCCCGACAAGGGAGGCCGGGUUUGGCCGGCGCCAUGGUGGACGUCAGCAAGUGGCCCCUGUUCUCCCUGCUGAGCGCCGAGGAGCUCGCCGCGGUCCGACAGGCCUGCGUCUUUGGAAUGUCCGCCAACGAAGCCGUCUACAUCACGCACGCCAAUGAGGUGUUUGUGUUUGGGAUGAACAGCAGUAGCUGCCUUGGUACCGGAGACAGUGUGAGCACCAUUGUGCCAAAGAAACUGGACUUCCUGCAGGGGAAGAAGGUGGCCAGCCUGAGCUAUGGAAGUGGGCCUCACGUCCUGUUGGCUACAGAAGACGGACAGGUGUUUGCCUGGGGCCACAACGCUUACAGUCAGCUGGGCAACGGCAACGCCAACCAGGGGCUGUCCCCGCUGCUGGUCACCGCCAGCCCGCAGAACAAGAAAGUGAGACAAGUGGCGUGCGGCUCUCACCACUCCAUGGCCCUCACUCUGGACGGAGAGGUGUUUUCGUGGGGUUAUAACAACUGUGGCCAGAUUGGCUCGGGCUCCACAGCCAACCAGCCCCAGCCCAGGAGAGUCACCGGCUGCCUGCAGGGCAAGACCGCGGCGGGCAUCACGUGUGGCCAGACCUCCUCCAUGGCGCUGAUGGACAACGGAGAGGUUUACGGCUGGGGCUAUAACGGGAAUGGGCAGCUGGGUAUCGGAAACAAUGGAAACCAGCUGACGCCCUGCCGCCUCGCUGCUCUCCAGGGGCUGUGCAUGCAACAGGUCAUCGCUGGCAACAGCCACUGCCUGGCGCUGACUGACGAAGGGCUGCUGUAUGCCUGGGGAGCCAACACCUACGGGCAACUGGGGACCGGCAACAAGAGCAACCACCUCAGCCCUGUGCUGAUCAUGGCGGACAAAGAGCGGAUUGUCGAGGUCGCGGCUUGCCAUUCGACACACACGUCAGCAGCCAGGACCCAAAGCGGUCAGGUGUAUAUGUGGGGUCAGUGUCGGGGUCAGUCCAUCGUCAUGCCACACCUCACACACUUCACCAUCACCGAUGACGUCUUCGCCUGCUUCGCCACACCCGCCGUGAUGUGGAGGCUCAUGUCUAUGGAGCACGACGACUUCAUGACCGUGGGCGAGGCUCUGAGGAAAGAGUUUGACAGUCCCGACACGGCCGACCUCAAGUUCAGUGUCGACGGCAAAUGCAUUCACGUUCACAAAGCCGUGCUGAAGAUCAGGUGUGAGCAUUUCCGGUCCAUGUUUCGCUCCCAGUGGACGGAGGACCAGCAGGACGUGAUCGAGAUCGGCCAGUUCUCGUACCCCGUCUACAGAUCCUUCCUGCAGUUCCUCUACACGGACACGGUCGACCUUCCGCCCGAGGACGCCAUCGAUCAUCAAGAGGGGGAUCAACGUCGAAAACGCCUUCACCUUGCUGUCUGCCGCCAUACGAUACGACGCCGAGGACCUGGAAGUGUUUUGUUUCCGGUUUUGCGUCAACCAUCUCACGCAGGUGACCCAGACCGGAGCUUUCUGGCAGGUGGACGGAGCGAUGCUCAAAGAGUUCAUCAGCAAAGCCAGCCGCUGCGGGGCCUUCAAGAACUGAGCGGGACUCCGGGGGUGCGUGAAAUCGCCGCUCCAGAAAAACCUCCGGCCGGAUCACAUUCGGAAAAGAAGGCUUUCUUGUCAUGUCGAUUUCCAUAUUUACCGAGGCAGACGAGCAGAAUUCCCAACGUGGACUGGGAUUUUAAGCUGCGAUAUCGACAGAUCUGAAGUCAGCCCUUUGGCCAAUUCCUGUGGAGUCACUCAACACCAGGCCUUCUCCUUUUUUUUUCUUGUUCACGCUGCAUCGUGUUCUCCACAUGCUGUACUUGAAUUUGUGUUUGUUUUUCUCGGCCAGUCUUUCUUUUUACUUCUGGUAAAGUUGAGAAACCUGUAAGGAAUGGGGAACUCCGACAGUGAGUUAAACUAUCCAGGACACCAGAAUAAUUAUCUUUUUUUGUAUACUCGCGUCUGUUUUGUUUUGUAUGCUUAUUCUACCCGACUGAAAUGUUUUUCUCGAUGGCACGUUUAAGAAACUGCAGUCGCUUCUUCUUCCACAUUCAGUAAAACUGAUAUGUGUACAUAAAACUGAGUUAAAGGAUGUUAGAAAGCAACCGUGAUUUAAAAUGCAUCCUAAGCAGAUGGUUUAUUGCAGAAGCUUUAUAUUCCAAGAAUAAUCGUAUGUAAUUUUUUGUUGUUGUGGGACCUCAAACAAACUUGAGCCAAGGUGACCGUUUCCAUCUGUUUGCGUUUGUUAUCGGGUUAACGGAGACUUGGCAAGACCAAAAUGAAUCCGUAAUUAUUCCUUGGAAUAUUUUAAUCACAGGUAAAGCAAUAUGCACACUUUGAAAUGAAAUGCUUUGUCUCUAUUCUGUUAACUCGGGUUUAGGACGAAACUAAAACCUGCCUGCUACCUUCCGUUGCAUUACUGGGUAAUGUAUGAGGGUAGUAAAUGGAGAGUGUGAUUGCCCUGCCAGCUACUGCGCACUUCACUUCCUGUUCCUUUUGUUGGGUUACUAUUCCUUGAUGCAUUCAGAGGAGUGAGAUGUUCUUAAGUUGGUCCGAGCUCGCUGGUCAGUAGGUCCACUGCUUGUUAUCAAAGCAUCGUUGAGGUUCGUCAUUUACAGAUGCAUUGAGGUUAGACUUCUGUGCUUUAGCAGAAUAAGGAGCUAGUUUUAGAAAAAUCUGAUUGUUCUGCUUACUGUAUUAAGAUUAAAGUAUAUUUUGUUAUGUGCUUUGUUUAUGUUUUAUUUAUAUGGGACAAGUUCAUAAAACUGGGUAAUUUGGUUCAAUUCGGCACCAUGGUUUACUUUGAGGUGAUCGGCACAAUGCUGUUACAUAACUGAUGUGUUUUUACAUAUCUGAUGUAUAUAUGUAUAUAUAUAAAAUGGAUAAUAAAUAACUCAAAACUG